ACGUUCUUGUUUCUCUGAUCGUCAUAUUAUUUUCUUUAUAUUAUUAUCUAACUUGUUCCUACAAUUAUUGGCAAAAGAAGAAAAUUCCCUGCGUUCCAGGAAUAAUUCCAGGAAUUGGACACAUGUGGUCCACCUUUACUUUGCAGAAAAGUUUUCCAAGUUUAUGUGAAAGAAUUUAUAAGUGCUAUCCAAAUUACAGUAUGAUUGGAUUUUAUCAAUUCAAAACACCAACUUUGCUUCUUCGUGAUCCUGAUCUUGUCAAAUCUGUCUUAGUUACCAAUUUUUCCAGCUUUGAUGAAAACCAAAUUUUACUUGAUCCUGAACUCGACCCAUCUAUGAGUAAAAAUCCAUUUUUUACGACAAGAGAUAAUUGGAAAGAAAUUCGAGCUGCUUUAACGACCGGAUUUUCGAGCAGAAAAUUAAAGUCCUUAUUUUUAUCAACGCGUGAAGUGUCCUACAAGCUUAAAAACUACUUGACAAAAUUAUUUGAAAGGAAUAGCGUGAUUGAAGUAGAUUUAGUGCAAUUCUGGAACAAGUACACUGGAGAAUUUGUGGCAAAUGUUGGGUUUGGUAUGGAAGGUCACUGCUUUGAGGAUACCCAUAAUUUUCAAAAAGCCGUAUCCCCCAUGUUCGGGUCUUCGAUUCUGACUCGAGCUAUGGAGAUGAUAUCAUUUUAUUCUCCACGCCUAGCUAAAAUAUUGAGGAUCCGUAGAGUACCAAAAAAAGUGGAAUUAUUUUUUCGAAAUGCGGUUAAAGAUGUCUUGGAGGCCAGAAAGCACAAUGAUGAAAAUUACAACGACUUUCUCCAAAUGAUGAUCGAAUAUCAGAAAACCCAUGGAAUGGAAACCCUGGAUGAAAGAACUUUAACUAUCUAUAUGGAAGGAUUUUUCCUAGAUGCCUAUGAAUCUGCAAGCAUCACUCUCAGUUUUUUAUGUUUUCAACUAGCAUUAUAUCCUGUGAUUCAAAAGAAAGCACGCAAGGAAAUAAUUUAUUCACUCACCAAAUUUGGUGGAGAAUUAUCGUAUGAAGGCCUGAAUGAAUUGAACUAUUUGGAACAAAUUUUGAACGAGUCAAUAAGGUUAAAUGCUACUAUACCAUUAUUAUCAAAGGUCUGUACGCAGGAAUGCCAACUUUUAGGAAAUGAUGGAUUAUUAUGCAAAAUUAAACCUGGAGAUAUAACAGUUAUUUCACUUUAUGGGCUUCACAUGGAUCCAAAAUACUGGCCAGAGCCAGAGAAAUUUGAUCCAGAACGUUUUAAUGAAGAGCAAAAAGGUAGCAGAUCGAAAUUUGUGUUCCUGCCUUUCGGAGAGGGACCUAGAAUGUGUGUUGGAAGGAGAAUGGCUAUGAUUGAGAUGAAAGUAGCGAUGGUUCAAUUAUUAAAGGAUUAUUAUUUAGAGCUUUCGCCAAAAACUCGAAUUCCUGUGGAACGGGACUCGAACUUUUCGACCAUGCCAGAAUGUGGACUAUGGGUUUAUGUGAAGCCUUUCUUAAAAGACUAGAAAUGUGACAUUUAUAAUACAUUUGAAUUGUGAUUAUAUAUUUUAUAUUAAUUUAUUGAUAUAAUUUAAAUAGUAGAUGUAGCAAUGUAAAUAGCAAGCAUCAAUGUAAAAAUAAUAUAAAAGUUAAUAUUAGGGGCCAUUCAAAAACUAGGUCACACUGCAAUACAGUGCAAAAAAGCACCUCUUUUGGACAAAAAUGGACCAACAGUACAAUCUUUAACAGAUUUUGGAGUUUUUUAUGUAUGACCGUAACUCUUCCAGGUAUAAUGACUAAAUGCGCAUAUUUCACUCUGACUAAACAAAGAAUUUGUUAUUUAACAACAAAAUUUGAACUAUGUUUUGUCUAGCUUUUCAGAGAUAGGAACCUCUUUCAAUAUUUCCAAAUUGAUUAAAAUAAUUAAUAAAUAAACUCAAUGCCUAACUAAAAAUAUUGUCCAGUAGGCUAUAUAAAAAUAGGAAUGUUUUAUAAUGCUAUAAACAAAAUAUUAAACCACAUUAAUUUUUUUCGUGAUUCACAAUGAUCAGUUAUUUUAAAUCCAUAGAUUUUGUGUAAAAUAGGACAGAUAAUAAUGUGUGCUCAUAAGUAGUUGAUAAUAGCUGCAUUUUACCAAUUAUUUAAACAAUUUUUUAAAGCAAAUGUUCACUUUAAUUAUUUUUUCAUAAGUAGGCUUAAUUUUUUUCUGCGGAAUGGACUUCAAGUGUUUUUUCAAGGACUCAUUGCUGUCAUAUUUUUCAUAAUUACAAAACCUGCUAUUUAUAUGAACAUUUUCUAUAAAGAAAUGCACAUUUUCAUGAUUUUUCCAAAAUAUGCCUAAGCUUAUUUGCAGAAUAAGUAGCUUCUACAUCUACUGGACAUUAUUAUCAUUAAGAAGUUUUUAAAAUUGUAAACUUUAUUGUUAAAUAAUAAAUAUGCUGUUUAGUAGCAUUCAAAUAUUUGCAGUCAUUCGUUAUACCUCCUAGACUUACGGUAUUUGAAGAAACUGUAACGAUUAAAUUGUUGCUUUCAAAUUGAUCGUUUUUACUUGAAAAGUCAGCUAUUAAAUCAAGCUGUUUCAUUAUUGGUUUAAAAUUGGUCGUUUUUAGUUGAAAGUUCAACGAUUUGAUUAAAAAAUUAUAUAUCUUGUUGAAAAUUUGCUUCUUUAAUUUCAAAUUAAUUUUUUAAGCUGAAAAAUUAUCCGUUCCAUUUUUUUGGGAAUCGAGCGUGUUUAGUGGACGAUUUUACUUUUUUUUUAAUUUAUAUAUUUUGUUGUAAACUCGUAUUUUUUGGUGAAAAACUGACCUUUUUGAUUGAAAAUCCAGCUAUUUGGUUAAAAGUUGAACUAAUUUGUUACAAAUUUAGGUUCUUA